UUGACCCAAUUAGCAUUUGAAGUUUGAAGUAAAACAUAUUGUCCCUUGUUUGUCCAUAAAAACCAAUGAGAAUUUGCCACAUUACAAAAAUACGUACAACUCAAACCCUUCAAAAGUUAACGUCCCUCACAUGUCCUUUUCUUCCUCUUCCUCUCAUAAUUUAGAAAACCAAAAAAAAUUAAAAAUCCAAAAAAAAAAAAGAGGGGUUGGGAUGUUCUAAGAUUCCAACCUCAAAAAGCCAGAAACUUUAACUUCAAUCAAAUUCAUAAUCUUGCAGAUCAAUAAAACAAAAACAAAAAAAAAAAAAAACCCGAUUAUUCCAAAUUCAAGCAACUUUUUUGGUUUAAUUUUAGAGAAUAAGAAGAAAAAGAUGGGUAUGAAGAAAAAUUUGAUGGGUAUUAUAAUAAUAAUGUUAUGGAGUAUAAGAAUAUUAAAAGGAGUAAAUGGGUUAAGAUUUGUGAUUGAUAGAACAGAAUGCUUUUCUCAUAAGGUUGAAUAUGAAGGUGAUACUCUUCAUUUUUCCUUUGUUGUUAUCAAAGCUGAUACCCCUUGGCAUCGUGACAAUGAAGGUGGUGUUGAUCUUGUGGUGAAAGGACCUGAUGGUGAACAAAUCCAUGACACUCGUGACAAAACUAGUGAGAAGUUUGAGUUUAUCGCCCACAAGAAGGGGGUCUACAACUUUUGCUUUACCAAUGGGUCCCCGUAUCAUGAAACCAUAGAUUUUGAUGUGCUUGCCGGUCACUAUGGAUAUGUUGACCAUCAUGCAAAAGAUGAGCAUUUGAGUCCAGUGUAUGAACAGAUUAAUAAAUUAGAGGAGGCUCUUUACAACAUACAGUUUGAACAGCACUGGUUGGAGGCUGAGACCGAUCGCCAAGCAAUAAUUAACGAAGGAAUGAGCAAAAGAGCAAUCCAUAAGGCAAUCUAUGAAUCAGCAGCACUUAUUGGGGCGAGUGUUCUCCAAGUCUAUCUGCUCAAACACCUGUUUGAACGCAAGCUUGGGACAUCCAGAGUUUAGUGUUUUGUUGGUGAAUGAAUACAUGUUGCCCCCAAUUUUAGAGCAGCUUCAUAUAGUUCCCACUUUUGUGCUUUUGCCAUUCCUUACUUUUUCCCUUCUUGUUAUUUUGGUAGUUCAAAGUUGAAGUUUUGGCGGCAAUUAUCACUAUAUGUUGAUUUAUUUUAUUUUUUUUUUCUUUUCUUUAGGUUUCGGUUUCUUGUAGUCUGUAACAUGUGUUGUACUAGUAUCAAGUAUAUCUUGUAUCUCUAUUUAUAUUUGGUUAGCCGCACUCUCUUGAGAUGUUAGUUGGAUGUGCAAAUGCACUUGAAAAGUCUCAC